AUGUGUUUUUUAAUUUGCUGGUGUUAAAAUGUGUGCCCGAAAUUCAACAUUUGGAAAUAAUUUUGAGAUUUUGAGAGAAAAUCUCAGAGAAUCUGGAUCGAAUUUUGACAACGGGAGGUGUCUUAAUGAUUUGAGGCCUGUUGAAGAAAUACCUCACCCUUAUCAAGAAAUUUUUGCAGAAUAUCCUUGUUUUAAUCCCAUUCAAUCAAAACUAAUCGACGAAGUUUUGUACGCAGACCAAUCAAUAGUCGUCUCUGCCCCAACUGGUUCAGGAAAAACGGUAAUUUUUGAACUAGCUAUAGUUCGCCUUUUGAUAGCUUGUGAGAGAACCAAUUUCUCUGAAAAAUUCAAAAUUGUGUACAUUUGCCCAAUGAAAGCUCUCUGUGAGGAGCGCUUAGUAGAUUGGAACAAAAAAUUCUCAAAUUUUGGCCUAAAUCCGAUUUCUGUAACCGGCGAUAGUGAAAAUAUCGACUUCCAAAGUCUCCGAAACCACAAUCUUAUAAUCACAACUCCGGAAAAAUGGGAUUGUCUCACACGCAAAUGGCGAGAAAACCUCGAUUUGGUCGAGAUUGUUAAACUUUUCAUGAUUGACGAAGUUCAUCUGCUCAAUGAAGAGUGUCGAGGAUCGACUCUCGAAACAAUUGUUUGUCGGAUGAAAACCAUCGAAGAAUCAGUUAAAAUACAAAAAACAAGCGAUUUAAACCAUAAAAUCCGCUUCAUUGCUGUUUCUGCAACUAUAGCCAAUAUCGAGGAUAUCGCAGAGUGGAUUGGAACAUCAUCUAAAUCGUUCAAAUUUUCAGACGAUUUUCGUCCAGUUAGGUUGAAUAAAAUCGUUAUGGGGUAUUCGGAACCCCCAAAAUCGACUCCUUUCAAAUUCGAUUUGACUUUGAACUACAAAUUGCACUCUUUGAUGAUGCAAUAUUCACACGGAAAACCGACACUUAUUUUUUGCAGCACUAGGAAGAUCGUCGAAAUGACAGCUAGACACAUUUUUCAACAUUUGACAAUCAGUCUAAAACCGGAGCAAAAGCAACGUCUAGUAGAAGAAGCAUCGAAAAUUUCUGAUGGUAAAAUCAAGGAAACCCUGAUUCAUGGUGUAGGGUACCAUCAUGCUGGAAUGCUACCGGAAACAAGACGCGCAAUUGAAAACUUAUUUCGUAACAAUGAACUUCCCGUUUUGGUCACUACUAGUACCCUAGCAAUGGGUGUAAAUCUUCCUGCCCAUUUGGUUAUAAUUAAAUCAACGAAAUGUUACACUAAUGGUGGUUUUCGGGAUUAUACCGAAACAGCCCUUUUGCAAAUGAUUGGUCGGGCUGGCCGGCCUCAGUAUGAUACUGAAGCUACAGCUCUUAUCCUAACCUCAACAAAAGAGAAGGAAAAGUUCGAAAAAAUGAUCGGCGGUUUAGAACCCAUCGAAUCGAAUUUGCAUCGACAUUUAAUCGAUCAUUUGAACGCUGAGGUGGUUUUGCAAACCAUCACAGGCCUUGAAAUCGCAUUGCGUUGGCUUUCUUCAACAUUUCUCUACAUUCGAGCGAAAAAAAAUCCGCGACAUUACGGCCUACCGAGCUCGGAUCCGGCCUCAAUAGACCGGAGACUUUUAGAGAUGUGUCAAAUUGAGCUGAAUAAAUUAAUUAACGCGGGAAUGUUAACAAUCGAUCAAGACGUCCUCCUCAAGGCGACUCCAGUGGGGGCCGCAAUGGCUAAAUAUUACCUCGCCUUCGAGACAAUGAAACUGUUCACUCAGAUCAAUGGAGGGGAAAUUUUGCAACAAAUACUCAACUUGAUUUCAAAGUGUUCGGAGUUUUCCGAAAUGUAUUUGCGAGUCAACGAUAAAAAAUGUCUGAAUUUGUUGAACAAAUGUCGCAAUAGACAAACAAUUCGGUUUCCACUUAACGGCAAAAUUAAGACUUUGGACAUGAAAAUUAAUUGUAUUAUUCAAGCAGUUCUGGGGUGUUUGGACAUUUGUGACCAUUCCAUACUUUCAGAAACGUUGAAAAUCAUGCGAAAUGGCGAACGAAUUGUCAAAUGUUUGAUUGAAUAUUUGGAAGUGAAGGAGAAAUGCUUUCAAGCAUUGCUUAGCACAAUUAUUUUAGCAAAAUGCUUUCAUGUAAAACUCUGGGAGAAUUCGCCUUAUGUUAGUAAACAGUUGCCUGGAAUUGGGAACGUAAUGUCGUCUCAUUUGGUCAAUGCUGGCAAAACUUCCUUUCAAUUAAUAUCAGAAUGCGAUCCGAGAGAAAUUGAAUUAAUAAUUAAUAAAAAACCGCCAACUGGUAAUAAAAUUUUAGAACAAAUUCAGCAUUUACCAAAAUAUGAAAUGACACUACAAGUGCAAAGUAAAGCCCAAAUCAAACUAACUGUUUCAUUGAUAAAUGCACAACAUUUAGAAACGAAAUGUACAGUUAAUCGCAAUUCAUUGAUGUAUCUUUUAAUUGGUGACUCUUCUAAUAAUAUUUUGCUCUAUGAAAAAUACAGUCACUCCUAUUUUAUUGAAAAUCCGGACGUUGUUAGAUUUGUGGAUUUCCAAGAAAAAAAUUUUGAAUUCAUUGAAGCUCAUUUUAUCAGUGAGGAUUGGGUGGGUAUUGAUUGUACUGCAAAAUAUGAAACAGCACCAAAAGUCAAAAAUCCUGAACCUAAAACAUCGAAACGAAACGAAAAUUCGACCUAUAUGCAAACAUUUAUGGAUAUGUAUAUGAAGUGUAAAAAAAAAUUAACACCACCAACACCGAACGAGAUGAAACUUCAUGAAAAUAAAAAAUCCAACAAGAUUAUUAUUCAUAGUGACAUAACUUUUAACACUAAGAAUGCAAAAAGUGAAGAAAAAAUUGUCAACUCACUUUUUGACUCGUCAAAAUCAAAGUAUGACCUUUCACCGUCACGUGACACUAGUUUCAGUUAUAACGGUAACAAACCAGUGAGUGAAUCAAAAGUCAACAAUUCGUAUGAGUGUGAAAAUGACAAAUCUAUAGUGAGGAAGUUUCAAAACACACCUAGAAAAAUGUCUUAUAAAGAAUUUUUUCGGAGUGAUGAGACUCCAGCCAAAAAAUUAAACAUCGAAAACAAACUCAAAAAUACCAGUGGUGAAAAAAUUAAAAACUCAAUUUUUAUCUCUUCAAAAUAUGAUAUUUCACCGUCACGUGACGCUAGUUUCAGUUAUAACGGUAACAAAGAAAAAGUCAACAAUUCGUUUGUGACAAACUAUGAGUGUGACCAACCUAUAGUGAGAAAGUUUCAAUACACCCCUAGAAAGUUAACUCAUCAGAAAGAAUUUUCUUGGAGCGAUGAACCUCCUGUAAAAAAAUUAAACAUGGAAGAUAGGCCUAAAAGUGGUACUAAAAUAACAUGGAGGUCGCCUUUGACGUACUCCCCUCCAGUUAAGUUCUCGCCGAAAAUCGGUUAUAACCGGUUGAAUGUGACCAAUGGAGAGAAUGAAUGUUUGUCGACCAGUCGUGCUUCAUCUUCAUCUCUGAAUCAGUUGAAUGAUUUUCAUAACGAAACAAUAUCGAACAAAAGUCAAAACAAGUCGAAUUUUUUCAAUUCUAGACCAAAAUUAAGUUUGUCAAGAGGAAAAGUUGAAUUUCCACUUACUGACAAAGCUUAUGCUGAUGAAAAUAACAAACGAAAUGAUAUUUUGGAAAAAGUUGGUGAUAUUGCGUCCAUUUCGUUUUUGGAAAGUUUUGGACUUAUAUCACCAAGAGAACGACAAAAUAAGUUGAGUGAAAUUAAAUCACCUAAUGAAUAUUAUCAUCAACUUUUGUCACAAUCUGAUAGAAAAGUGAAGAGUGAUAGUACAACAGGGAAUGAGAGUUUUUAUACAGCUGAAGAGAAAAGUCAAAUUUUUGAAAAACCAAAAUUGGUGAAAAGAGUUGCCAACCAAAAUUGUUAUUCUGAAGAGAUUAAUCGUGGUCCUAAAUCAGAUGUUGAUUUUUCUUUGACACUUAAUAAUGUGCAGGAUACACCAACUUCUAACAAUUUGGAAAGGGAAAGAAAGAAUUUUUCCCAAUAUGAGACUGAAACUGGGGGAAAAACAAAAAAGGGAAACGCAUUUGAAAACCCAUUUAACGAUUCAUUUGAAUCACUUUUAAUGGAACAUGAUUAUGGAUUGGUGGAAAGUGAUAUAUCGAAUAGUUUUGUUAAAGAAAGUUUUUUUGAAGUCAAUGCGAGAGAGAUGAUAAAUCCUUUUGAGUAUCAAGAACCGACACAAAAUUCCAUAAUGUUAAAUCGAAGAAAACCUUCAGAUUUCAGAGCUUUUAAGGAACAUACAAACAACUCGAAUCAGAUUUGUCGAAGUCGAUUUUUUCAUACACCAAGAAUACCACAAGAUCAAAACCGCUCUUAUUGCAAUGAUAGUUUUCUACAACCUGUAUCAUAUAAUCAUUUUCAAAAUUGUUCACAAUUUUCAAGAAUUGGUGAUGAUUUUUACCAAACGGAGUAUCAAGAACGUCCAAUGAAUUCUUAUGUUAGAAAUCAAUAUUUUGAUUUUGGUCAAGAUCCUUACUUAAAUAUUUCAAAACCGAGUUUUUCUGACAGAAGGAAUGUCUUUGAUGUUCCUCAACCUUAUCACAGGGGAAAUAUUGAUAAUUUUGAUAGUUAUGGCUACAUUAGGAGAACUAUGGAUAAGGAAUAUGACCCAUUUGACUACAGGAAUAAUCCUCAACACUACCAACCUGAACCAAGUUUUGAUCUUUUUGAAACAUCACAAAGAAGUUAUCCUCGAAAUAGUCAAGAUUUUGAUAUUGAUAGAUCAAAAGUUUAUUAUGAUAGUAGUCCUUUAUCUUUAUCUUAUCUAGAAAGAGAUACUAAUAUUAGUGCAAAUUCGGAAUUGCCCAACUCACAGAUGUCAAGAGGACACUAUUUUGAGUCUUAUAAUUCGUUUAACGACGAAUAUAGCAAUAAGCAAUAUUUAAUGCAAAAAUUUUUAAAUUCUGUAGGUUCUAAUGAAAAAAGAGCAAACUUUUUUCCCUAA